ACUGUAUCCCAGCGGGUCCCGGCUUCCAUACAUGGUCACGGCCCUGCUUCUAACUCCCUGACGUCCCCCCCCUCCCCGUCCUCCGCCCCCACCGGACACGGCCCCCGCCCUACUCUCCCCAAGCUGUCCGCCAGCGCACCGCCAUGGAGGACCUGGAUGCCCUGCUCUCUGACCUGGAGACCACCACUUCACACAUGUCACGGUUAGGGGCUCCAAAAGAGCGCCCACCAGAGACACUCACACCUCCCCCACCCUAUGGCCACCAGCCACAGACAGGGUCUGGAGAAUCUUCAGGAACCACUGGGGACAAGGAUCAUCUAUACAGUAUGCAAGCCUCGGUCCCCAAAGCCUGUGGCCCCUGUGGCUCCUCCAUUCUCCUCUUCCAGUGGUGUGUUGGGCAAUGGCCUCUGUGAGCUAGACCGUUUGCUUCAGGAACUUAAUGCCACCCAGUUCAACAUUACAGAUGAAAUCAUGUCUCAGUUCCCAUCUAGUAAAAUGGCUGAAGGGGAAGAGAAGGAGGACCAAUCUGAAGACAAGAGCUCACCCACUGUGCUGGCAGGUUCUGAGGUGAUUCACGGUGUCCUCCACAGCCCUCCCAGCCCAUUCCCUGCCCCCUCAAAGCCUUCAGCCACCUCCGCCACUCAGGAACUGGAUAGACUGAUGGCCUCGCUCUCUGACUUCCGUGUUCAGAACCAUCUUCCAGCCUCAGGGCCACCUCAGCCUCCAGCAGCGAGCCCCACCCGUGAAGGAUGCCCAUCUCCACCAGGACAGACUAGCAAAGGCAGUCUGGACACCAUGCUGGGCCUGCUGCAGUCUGACCUCAGCCGUCGUGGUGUCCCCACACAGGCCAAAGGCCUCUGUGGCUCCUGCAAUAAACCUAUAGCUGGGCAAGUGGUUACAGCCCUGGGCAGAGCCUGGCACCCGGAGCACUUCCUUUGCAGCGGUUGUUCCACAACCCUGGGAGGCAGCAGCUUCUUCGAGAAGGAUGGGGCUCCCUUUUGCCCCGAGUGCUACUUUGAGCGCUUCUCCCCACGAUGUGGCUUCUGUAACCAACCCAUCCGACACAAAAUGGUUACCGCCUUGGGCACCCACUGGCACCCAGAACAUUUCUGCUGCGUCAGCUGCGGAGAGCCUUUUGGAGAAGAGGGUUUCCACGAGCGGGAGGGUCGUCCGUACUGCCGGCGGGACUUCCUGCAGCUGUUCGCCCCACGCUGCCAGGGCUGCCAAGGCCCUAUUUUGGAUAACUACAUCUCGGCACUCAGCGCGCUCUGGCACCCAGACUGCUUCGUGUGCAGGGAAUGCCUUGCGCCCUUCUCCGGAGGCAGCUUUUUUGAGCACGAGGGUCGCCCUUUGUGUGAAAACCAUUUCCAUGCUCAGCGUGGUUCGCUGUGUGCCACGUGUGGUCUCCCAGUGACCGGCCGCUGUGUGUCCGCUCUGGGCCGACGCUUCCAUCCAGACCACUUCACCUGCACAUUCUGCCUGCGCCCACUCACCAAAGGCUCCUUCCAGGAGCGCGCCAGCAAGCCUUACUGCCAGCCUUGCUUCCUGAAGCUCUUCGGCUGACCUCCUCUUGGGAUCAGAGAUCUCCAAAACUAAGCCUUCAAAAACACAUUCGUGAAAAAGACUGAGUCCUCCAGAUCCCUGGCUCUGGAGCUACCCAGGCAUCCUUGCUCCUUCUCCCACCCCCAUCCCCAUUGUGGCCCAGCCACUGGAGAGGCCUACCCCUAAGAUGCUCUAGGUUUGUCAAUUUCAGAAAGGGCCCCAUUAGCCUGGAAUGUAGCUCUCACUUUGACAUGAUUCUGGUUCUCUUGUCUGACCAAGUAGAGGCCAGGAUGUCCCUGUUCACCCAUGGCACACUAUUCUGUACACAUUUUUUUUUCUACAAACAUAAAAACACACUCCACACUUUA